AUGAAAUCUCGUAAAAAGGAACUAAAUCUUCCAAUUACGACGUUAGAAUUGCCAGAAAACAUUCAACUUGGAGCUAAAACUUCUGUUACGAACACCGCAUUAGUCCCCAAAAGACCUUCAAAAGUGGAAAAACUUCCCAAAAACCUGAUCGUGAAGCAUAAAAAUGUCACCAAAACCGGAAGUUGUAGUUCAGUUAGCUCAAAUCUUAGUCUCAAAUCUAGCGCAUCAUCACUUCCACUGCCAAAAAGUCCAAAUUUGAGUAAAAUGAGGUUAAAAUCAGACAAAAGCGAGAAAGAACUAUUGGAAUAUGUUGAUUCGCUGCAGAAAUAUCAACAAAGUGUGUUGUCAAUGAAAAGUAUCGUCGAUGAGGCAACAAGUGUUAAACGAUCAAGUGUAAAAUUUAAAAAACAAUCUCCACGUGAGUUACUCCCGCUUGCUGUUCAACAACGAUUUGUACGAGUUCCAAAGUCCUUUUUGGCCUCAAAAAUGCAGAUGCCUGAAAGUGGUGAAUCCGAGUCGCCCAAUCCCACAUUUGAGCAACACUCGGAGAUCGAAGACCCGGAAGUCGCUCGUGCAAGACGGAAACGCGUCAAAGCCAGAUAUCAGCUUGCUUCCUUUUCGCGUUCCUUGAGACAGUCGUUCGCUAGUCCGCAACAACGCACCUUGCCGGUGGUUAAUUUGAAGGUUUUGGUCAAUGAGAGGAUUCGAAAGCUGGAGGAUAACAGUUUUGUGUACAUGACGUACGUUCAUCCGAAGGAAAGUGCUCAAUUUACGCCUUAUACGUUAGCAGUGGUUCCUUUUGCUAAAGUCAAUAAGGAAGAAUACAUAACGAUGAGUCGGCAUGGUGUGACGUACUGGAGCACAGCGGAAAGUACUUUUACGGAGCUCGAUGUGUGGAUGGAAGAGUUUGAACAGUACACGAAGCUUGUUAAGAUCAAUCUCUUUAACAAAUAUCGUUUAUGGAAGACUUUCAAAGUGUGGUCUAAAACCAUUCAACGAAAAAAGUUCGUCGAAGCAAGACGUUUUUUAAAGGAAAAUCUUUUUAUUGCAAUUCCAGCACUUGGAAAAGCUUUGUUGGAAAUUCGGGAUAAAAUUAAUGACUUGAAUCAAAAAGAUUUUGUUGACAUUUCCAUCAUCGAGAAUUGGGCUAUAGUUUAUUUUAUGGAGCGUCAAGUGGAUGCAUGUGACAUUCUUCGCACGAAAUUGAACGAAUAUCACAAAGAAGUAAAGGAGCUUUUGUUCCAUUCCUGCGCCCAAGCAAUCCGCGAUAAAGGGUUCCUCGUCGAGGACGAAGCUACAGUCUACAAAACCAUGCGAAAAAUGAAAGAAAUGAUGUCAUUCACGGAUCGUGCAAACAAACGUCGUUUUUGUCAACGUCUCUGCUGCUUUCUUUACCUCGUCGAUUACAUGACAAUUUGCAUGCUUGGCAAUAUCCUUCACAACACCUUCGUGAAACUUGUGUAUGUUUUUCGUGUGCACGACGAACUUGGACCAAAACGACCACUUUUGAAUGCCGAGCUGAUUUUGAAGCCGGAAUGCAUUGAAAUUGAUCCACCACAAGAACUGACGCUUCAUAUCGUGCAAGAAUUAAUUCGAAUGAUCAUGGAGUCCGCUUAUAAAUUGGAACGGUUUCAAAGUGACGAAUAUUACAAUUUUUUCGUGGAACCGAGUAUCAUGGGUCGCAAAGAAAAUCGUUUGUGUGACAAGCCACCAAGUUUCGACCAUAUUUUGGAAAUUAACGAUGAAUUUUUGAGAAACAAAGAGUUGAUACCGGAAAUUGUGACCUUGGCAUAUGAAAAAGUUUAUCUCUACAUCAAAAGAUUUGAUCCGAUUCGCGAAACGUACCGCGAGGACUUAGAAACGAACCCGACGAUGAUUAGAAGUGAACAUAAUCUGGAAAAGCUGAACAUCUACUGUGAGCGAUACAUAAAUGAGUUGGAUGUCCUUGAAAGACUCAUUUCCGAAUGUAAUAUUGGACUUUUGCACGUAAAUCAAGCAGUUUUGAAAAAAGAAAUCAUCCCUGUUUGUAAAGAGCUGCAAACUAUCUUGAAUGUUCAUCUACCAAUUCUCGCUCGGCAAUCCACAAAGGCAGUCCAGGAGAAAACUGAGCACAUUCAUGACAAACUUUUAUCAACUUAUGACGAAACGAAGCCUCUCGUGCAGUACAUGCACUACUUGGACGAAUGUGGAGCAAAAAUUGACGUCAUUAAAAAAGAUCUCGAGUACGCCUACAACGUUUUUUGCAUCAUGAAGGAACACAACGUGACCGUUUUGGACGAUUUGAAGGACAUGUACUUGGAUGUCGAGGAAAUGUUGCAGCAACUGGAACAAACACUCGAGAAACGCAUCGAAAAUAAACCUGGCAUUGUGGAAAAAUUGAAUAAAUGCUUGCAGGGAGAUAUUAGAAAGAUUUUCGAGCAAGUCGAGAACGUCAGACAGGAAAUUAUUAAGCCAUGGUUCUUGGAUGAAAGUUCCGACCAAAGUCAGAUUCGAGAAACCCUCGCAGAGCUGCAGGAAACUCUUUCCACGUGUCAAGAUCUCUCACAGGAGUACCGAAAAUACCAAAAAGAGUUCAAAAUUGAGGUUACUCGCUUUGAUACACUGGAUUCCGUUAAUAACGAAGUCAAAUUACGGCAAACACUGUGGGAUAGUGUCUCCCAAUGGAAAUAUGCGCUCGAACAAUGGAAUGAAACGCCGUUUCAUCAAUUGAAUAUGGAAGAAAUGACGUCCGUUAACACAAAAAUACUCAAAAACUGCAGUUAUUUGGAGAAAAAUUUGCCACGGAACGACAUAAUUCCGAAACUCAAGUCCGAUGUCGAAGAUUUCAAAGAAAAGUUACCGGUUUUGGGUUAUUUGAGGAAUGCAAACUUGAAAAAGCGGCAUUGGCUUCAAAUUGAACAGACUCUCGACAAGCGCCUUAUUGAAGAUGACACCAUCAAUAUUUUCACUUUCGAAGACGCAAAUGCCUUCGAAUCACCACUAGCUGAACAACUUUCAGAAAUUUCAGGGCAAGCAAGUGCCGAAGCAAGUUUGGAAGGAUUACUGAAAAAAGUCGAGAAUGCAUGGAAGGAACAGGAACUCUCCAUCGUCGCACAUCGUGACUACAAAGACAUCUACAUCUUAGCUGGAAUCGACGAGUUGCAAGUGAUUCUCGAUGAUUCUAACAUCAACAUCGCGACAAUUUUGGCAUCGCGUCACGUUGGUCCCAUUAAACAACGUGUCCUGGAAUGGGAGAAAAAUUUAGAAAUUUUUUCCGAAACUCUGGAAGAGUGGGUUGCGUGUCAACAAACCUGGAUUUAUCUCGAAGCGAUCUUUACGGCGCCCGAUAUCCAACGACAACUGCCUGAGGAGUCGCGAAAAUUCAAUCGCGUUGACAAAAAUUACAAAGAAAUCAUGAGACAAGCAUUCAAAACACCCCUCGCUAUUUCAAAUAUGACAAAACCGGGAGUAUUGGAACUGAUGAAGACAAAUAAUGCGUUGCUCGAGGACGUCACUAGGAGUCUAGAAGCGUAUUUGGAGCUGAAACGCGUGGCUUUUCCACGUUUUUAUUUCCUCUCGAACGAUGAAUUGUUGGAAAUUUUGGCGCAAACGAGGAAUCCGCAUGCGGUACAGCCACAUUUGCGAAAAUGUUUCGAUGCAAUUGCCCAGUUGAAGUUCAAAUCGGUGCGAAAUGAGGACGGAGAGGAAGUUAAAAUGAAUGACAUUACCGCUAUGAUAUCGCCAGAGGGGGAAAUGGUCACUUUAUUAGGGCUAAAAGCACGUGGCGCAGUCGAGGAUUGGCUUUCGAAGGUGGAAAAAGAGAUGUUUGCGUCACUGAAGCGUUUCAUGAAGCUCGCCUAUCGUUCCUACAUGACCAAAGAACGUUCUUUGUGGUUUCAAGAGCAUCCAAAUCAACUUGUGCUGACAAUUUCACAACAACAAUGGGCUAAAAGAGUGCAUGAAAUCUUGGAUCAUCCGAAAGAAGAUGUUACUAUAAAACAAAUGAAGGAAUUUGAAGAGGAAUUGUACAAAGAUUUGACAAAAUUGGCUACGAUUGCUAGGUCUGACAUCAGUAAAUUGCUGCGAAGAGUCCUUUGUGCCUUAAUUACGAUCGAUGUGCAUGCCAAGGACACGAUAACCAACAUGGUAAAGAACCGCGUGACCAAAUCCACGGAUUUUGACUGGUUGAAAAUGCUUCGGUACUAUUGGAUAGACGAAACGGAGACAGUUGAGGCUAAAAUGGCAUCCGCGACACUUCCAUAUUUUUACGAAUAUUUGGGUGCCGGAGGUGUUUUGGUCAUUACCCCUUUAACGGAUCGUUGUUACUUGUGUCUAAUGGGCGCUUUGCAGAUGAAUCUUGGUGGAGCGCCAGCUGGUCCCGCUGGAACCGGGAAAACUGAAACAACGAAGGAUUUGGCAAAAGCACUAGCGAUUCAAUGUGUCGUCUUUAACUGUUCCGAAGGCUUGGAUUAUAAAAUGAUGGGAAGAUUUUUCUCUGGUUUGGCUCAAUCCGGUGCUUGGUGCUGUUUUGACGAAUUUAAUCGAAUCGACAUUGAAGUUUUAUCGGUAAUCGCGCAACAAUUGAUAACAAUUCGGAAUGCAAAAGCGAUGAAUUUACCGCGAUUCAUGUUCGAAGGUCGCGAUAUCAAACUCGUGUCAUCUUGUGCUGCUUUUAUCACGAUGAAUCCCGGGUAUGCGGGUCGAACAGAGUUGCCCGAUAAUUUAAAAGCUCUUUUUCGUCCGAUUUCGAUGAUGGUACCGGAUUACGGACUGAUUGCGGAAGUAAUUUUAUAUUCCGAAGGAUUUACUGAGUCGAAAAUUCUUGCAAGGAAAAUGGUGCAAAUGUACAAGUUAUGCAGCGAGCAAUUGAGUCAACAGGAUCACUACGAUUUUGGGAUGCGAGCAGUUAAAAGUGUCCUUGUGAUGGCAGGAGCUUUAAAAAGAGCAAGUCCUGAUCAAUCAGAAGAUAUUACGUUAAUUUGCGCAUUGCGAGAUUCGAACCUUCCGAAAUUCCUGGCAGAUGAUGCACUUUUGUUCAAAGGAAUUUUGGGAGAUUUGUUCCCGGGAACAGAACUUCCGUCACAAGAUUAUGGAGAUUUGGAAAAGGAAAUUAUUAACUCGAUGAUGGCGAAGAAUUUGCAAGCAGUUCCAGCUUUGGUCACAAAAACGAUACAAUUGUAUGAAACGAUGGUGGUGCGAUGGGGCGUUAUGCUUGUCGGACCAACCGGAGGUGGAAAAACGAGUGUAUUACACUCUUUGGCAAACGCUUUGACGCAAUUGGCGAAAAAUAAUGUCGAGGGUCCCUAUUAUCGAGAUGUUCGGAUUCAGACCCUAAAUCCCAAAUCAAUAACUCUGGAUGAACUCUAUGGAGCUGUCAAUAGCAAAACGAUGGAAUGGAAAGACGGUCUCCUUGGUCUAGCGGUUCGAUCUGCCGUUAAUGCGAGCACUGAUGACGAAAUCCAUCAAUGGGUCGUUUGUGAUGGUCCCGUUGAUGCCGUGUGGAUCGAAAACUUGAACACCGUGCUCGAUGACAACAAAAUGCUGUGCUUAGCGAAUUCCGAACGUAUUAAACUCACAUCAUGGGUCCACAUGGUCUUUGAAGUGCAAGAUUUAUCCCAAGCAUCGCCAGCUACUGUUUCGCGUUGCGGCAUGGUUUACAUCGAUCCCCUUGAACUUGGAUGGCGCCCACUUUUGGAUUCGUGGUUCAAUUCUUUUGCUGAAGGAACGUUACCGGAUAUGCUAAAAAGUUAUUUGGAAAGUCUUUUUGACGAAUAUUAUGAGAAUAUUUUGAAAUUUGGACGUAAAAAUGGGGAGUAUUCAAUUCAUCAAGUUGAAGUUAGUAAACUUUCGAUGCUGCUGACUCUUUUGAAGGCACUGAUGAAACAAGUCGGAAACUUAGCUUUAAUUGAAAAAGAGGAAGCAAAAGGUUUCAUAUGCAAAAUAUUUUUAUGGGCAACGCUCUGGUCGAUUGGCAGCAAUUUUCUAGGCUCAUCGAAAGAUUCACUUGAAUCCCACAUUCGCUCAUUGGUCACCGACAAUCCAUAUGCCAAUCUCCCUCCCGAUUCACUCUGGAACUACCAAAUUAACGAAGUCACCAAAAAAUGGCAAAACUGGAAGGAAAUUGUACCAAGUUUUACCUUCGACCCGAACACUCGAUUCUUCGAUAUGCUCGUCCCGACAUCCGAUACCAUCCGUUUUGGCAAAGUUGCUGAACUUUUAUUCAAUGAAAACUAUCCCGUAAUGUUCACCGGAGAUACUGGCGUGGGAAAAUCAGUUCUUGGCAAAGCUGUUUUACAAAAACUCUCGACAACUGACGUAAUUCCGACAUUUUUGAACUUUUCCGCGCAAACGAGUAGUGCCAGGACGCAAGAAAUGAUCGAAGCCCGCCUCGAGAAACGUAAAAAAACAAUGUUAGGAGCCCCAUUGGGAAAGAGAGUCAUAAUUUUCGUUGAUGACGUGAACAUGCCGAAGCUCGAUACGUACGGAAGUCAACCGCCGAUCGAGCUUUUGCGGCAAUUGAUCGAUUUUCGCGGCAUUUUCGAUCGUGAAAAGUCAUUUUGGAAAAAUGUAGUCGAUGUUGUGAUGGCAUGUGCCUGCGCUCCACCCGGCGGAGGUCGAAAUCCAUUAACUCCGAGAUUCGUGAGACACUUUGCGCAACUUUUGCUGCCGCCGCCAAGUAACCAAACAUUAACCACCAUUUUCACAUCGAUCCUCGAAGGGUUUUUCGAUGACUUUGGCAUGGUAAUAAAGCCACUUGCAAUUUCUUUGGUAGAAGCUGCUGUCGAUAUUUAUGAACGGAUAUCACGGGAACUUCUUCCGACGCCCGCUAAAAGUCAUUAUGUCUUUAAUUUGCGUGAUUUGUCGAAAUGCGUUCAAGGCGUGUUGCAAGCGGAUGCCAGUAAUUAUUCAUCUGCCGACCAAAUCCUGCGAUUAUUUUAUCACGAAUCGAUGCGUGUGUUCCAUGAUCGUCUCAUAAACGACGAAGAUAAAAAUUAUUUCAAAAAUUUGAUGGACGAAACGAGCCAAAAGUAUUUUUACACAAAAAUCGUUAAGGAAAACGAACUUUUGUUAUUUGGGGAUUUCAUGAUUUACGGUCAGGCCCGCGAAGAUCGGAUCUACGAGGAAAUUCGGGAUGUGGAAAAACUAAAAAAUGUCUUGAUGGACUACCUGAGCGAUUAUAACGGCGUUACUGGAACUGAAAUGAAGCUGAUUUUGUUUCAAGAUGCCGUUGAGCAUAUCACGCGACUUGCUCGGUUACUGAGAGCUGAACGCGGAAAUGGAUUACUUGUUGGUGUAUCGGGCAUGGGAAAACAAUCAUUGACAAGACUUUCCUCGCAUCUCAAUGGAUAUGAAUGUGUUCAAGUGGAGCUGUCACGUGGUUACGAUCAUAAUUCCUUCCAUGAAGACCUUCGGCGAUAUUAUUACAACGCGGGAACUUUGAACAAACCGACAGUUUUUCUCAUCACCGACUCGCAAAUCGUGAAAGAGGAGUUCCUGGAGGACAUUAAUAACAUCCUGAACUCGGGUGAGGUGCCGAAUUUGUUUGAAGGAGACGAUUUUGAGAAAAUUAUUUUGGACACGAGGCAACAAUGCAUCGAUGAAAAGUACCCAGACACGUCUCGCGACGGGAUUUACGAGUUUUUCAUCAAACGUGUGCGAGAAAAUUUGCACGUCGUGAUUUGCAUGUCGCCAGUUGGUGAUGCGUUUCGUCGUAGAUGUCGAAUGUUCCCGUCUCUCGUGAAUUGUUGCACCAUUGAUUGGUUUGUUAAGUGGCCUCCAGAAGCUUUAUACUCCGUAGCUCUCGGUUCUCUCAAGGAAAUCGCUGCAGACGAUGAACAAUGUGAAAGUUUGUCGAAUAUUUGUGUUAUGAUGCAUGAAAAUGUGGAAAAUGCAUCCGAGCGAUUGUAUGAGGAGAUGAAACGACAUUAUUACACAACGCCCAGCAGUUAUUUGGAGCUUUUGAAACAAUAUCACACGUUGUUGAAUAAAAGAAAAGAUACAAUCGAAGCUAAAAGAGACCGAAUUUCCAAUGGAUUAAAUAAAUUACUUGAAACGAACGAACUUGUCGCUGUCAUGGGCGAAGAACUGCAAAAAUUUGUACCGAUUUUGGAGGAAAAAUCACGCGGCAUGAAGGAUUUGUUGAUAAAACUGGACAAAGACAACGCGAUGGCCGAAGUUGUGAAGAAGGGAGUGCUCAAAGAUGAGGCUGAAGCAAAAAUUAAAGCGCAAGAGACACAAGAAAUUGCCGAUGAAGCAACAAGAGAACUGGAAUUAGUCAUGCCGAUGUUCCGGAUGGCCCAGGCAGCGUUGGAAAAGUUAAGCAAAGCUGACAUUAGUGAAGUAAAAAGUUUGAAAGACCCUCCUAAAGCCGUCAAAUUUGUGUUGGAAGCUGUUUGUGUCUUGCUAGGAGCGAAGCCUGAAUGGAAAUCCGCUCAAGUGAUUAUGAAUGACACGAAUUUCUUGAAAAGGCUUCAGGAAUACGAUAAAGAACAUAUUCCAGAAGAUCGUCUUCAAAAGUUGAAACCGUAUUUAGAUGAUAAGGGAUUCGAUCCUGCCGUGGUUGAACGUCACAGCAAAACCGCCAAGUCAAUUUGUGUUUGGGUGAAAGCCAUUGAUCGAUUUGCUGCCGUUUACAAGGACGUUGAACCGAAGAUUCGUAAGAGGCAACAAGCGGAGAACGAUUUGAAGCAGGUAAUGAAAAUUUUGAAACAGAAACAAAGUGAACUCGCAGAAGUUGAAAGUAAAAUCGAAGAGCUCAAAGCAACUUUGGAAGAAAAACGCAAAGAAAUGCAAAUUUUACAAGACAACAACGACUUAACCGCUUCUCGUUUGAAUCGUGCUGCACGCCUGACAUCCGCUCUUUCGGACGAAGAAGUGCGUUGGAAGGAAAGUAUCAAAGAUUUAUCCGAAGAGCUUCGAGCUAUUCCAGGAGAUGUUCUUGUCUCAGCAGCUUGUGUCGCAUAUCUCGGUGCCUUUCCCAUCAGUUAUCGUCGCGAAUUGAUCUCCAAUUGGGUUUCAAAGUGCAAAGAAGGCAACAUUCCAAGCAGUUCCGACUUUGAUUUGAUAAAAAUCUUAGGAGAGGCAUACACAAUUCGAAUGUGGGUCAUGCACGGACUGCCACGAGACGACGUUUCGAUUGAAAACGGGCUAAUUGUGACACAAUCAAGUCGUUGGCCACUCAUGAUCGAUCCGCAGGAACAAGCAAACCGCUGGAUUCGGAAUUUGGAGAAGGAAAAUAAAUUAAAAGUGACUAAAAUGACAGAUCCGAUGCUGAUGCGAGUCAUUGAGGGAUGCAUCAGACAAGGCUUACCUGUUUUAAUUGAAGAAAUUGGAGAAAUAUUGGAUCCAGCAUUGACUCCUGUAUUGAAUCGACAGAUCACAACAGCUGGAGGACGAACAGUUAUUCGAUUGGGAGAUCAGGAUGUCGAUUUUGACCCGAAAUUUAGAUUGUACAUGACGACCAAACUCUCGAAUCCGCAUUAUUUACCAGAAGUUUGCAUCCAAGUGACUCUUGUGAACUUUAUUGUCACCAUCAGUGGAUUGGAGGAUCAAUUACUUGCUGACGUCGUUCGCAUCGAACUACCCGCACUGGAACAAAAACGCAACGAUUUAAUCACUCGCAUCAACGCCGACAAGACACAACUUCUCGCUCUCGAAGACAAAGUCCUCUACUUACUUUUCACAUCCGAAGGCAACAUCUUGGACGACGAAGUUCUUGUUGAAACAUUGAACGAAGCCAAGGAAACUUCUUCCAUCAUCGCCAGUCGUCUUGUCGAUACCGAAAAAACGGAAGAAUCCAUCACCGAACAACGCGAAACUUAUCGUCCAUUGGCUUCUCGUGGCGCCGUUUUAUUCUUUGUCGUCACAACUUUGGCUGAAAUCGAUCCAAUGUAUCAAUUUAGUCUCCGGUAUUUCACACAAGUCUUUUGUUCCGUCAUCGAAGCUAAAACGGAGAAGCCCAUGAAGCAUAAGGAGCGUCUCAAAUAUUUGUUGGAAAGUGAAACUUAUGCAAUUUAUGCCAAUAUUUCUCGAGGCCUUUUUGAGAAACAUAAAUUGAUUUUUAGUUUCCUUAUUGCCACUGCAAUUGAACGCUUUGAAAAACGAGUGACCGAUCAGGAGUUCGACUUUUUAAUGAGAGGUCCCGUGGGCAAAAAGAGUGCCACCGAUGAAAAGCCAGACCCAAAAAUAACGGAUCAACAGUGGAUUUGGUGCGAAUAUUUGGAAGAAAAUUUCUCAAACUACAAAGGAUUGUGCGACGACGUUGAAGAUAACAUCAAAAUGACAAUUUUGGAUUUUUCCUACACAAUUAAACUCACCACCAAAGAUCGCAACUCCGACAUUAAUUGGGAUCGUAAAUUAACUCCGUUCCAGAAAUUGAUGCUAAUUCGGUCACUUUGCGAAGAACAAUUAGUUAUUGCGAUCGGGUCCUAUGUUCGUCACAUUUUGGGUCGAGCGUUCACGGAACCGCCCAAAAAUACGUCUAUAGCUGCCGUUUUUGAAGAUACGUCCUCGACAACUCCUUUAAUAUUUGUCCUGUCAACAGGAUCUGAUCCGAUGGCUUCGUUACAAAGAUUUGCAAUUGAAAAAAAUUUUACAGAAAAACUUUUUUCCAUUUCACUGGGACAAGGACAAGGUCCGGCAGCGGAAAAAUUACUGGAAAAGGGACGCACCAGCGGGCAUUGGGUUUAUUUGCAAAAUUGUCAUCUCGCCACAUCUUUCAUGUACUCGAUGGAGCAAAUUAUUCGUAAUAUUGCGCUCGGUGUGACACCAACUCAUCCGGAUUUCCGCAUCUUUUUGUCGUCAAUGCCAGCAAAAACUUUUCCGGUGAGUGUUUUGCAGAAUUCCGUCAAAGUUACGAAUGAACCACCUAAAGGAUUGCGAUCGAAUCUCAUUGGAGCCUUAAAGGACUUGGAUGUGGACGGCUUCGAACAUCAUAUUUUGGACAAAAAUUGGCGCCGCAUGAUUUUCGGCAUCUGCAUGUUCCACGGCGUGAUACUGGAACGACGGAAAUUCGGUCCCCUCGGAUGGAAUAUUUUGUAUGAAUUUAACGAAAGUGAUCGGGAAUGCGCCUUGAUGACCCUUGAAAUGUUCUGCGAUCGUGAAGUACGUAAAAAAAUCGCAUGGGACGCCUUGGAAUACAUCAACGGAGAAAUCACGUAUGGAGGUCGCGUAACCGAUAAUUGGGAUCAACGGUGUUUACGUGCGAUUUUGAAACGAUUUUCGUCUCCGUCGAUUUUCGUGGAUAAUUACAGUUACAGCGAAAGUGGCACUUAUCGAUGUCCCGAUGGAAGAAAGCUCUCGGACUUUAUGGAGUAUGUGCAAUCCUUGCCAUUUAAUGAACCACCCGAGAUAUUUGGAAUGCAUGAAAAUGCGAAUAUCGUAUUUCAAACGAACGAAACGCACUUUUUCAUUCAAACGAUGUUGCAAGGACUCCAAAGCACGGGAAGUGGCAGCUCAGCAUCAAACAUUGACGAAAUCUGCUUCGGAAUUAUAGAAAAUAUACGGGAAACGAUCGUGAAAAAGAUUGAAAUCGACGAAAUGCAUGAAAGUUUAUACGUAAUUGAUGAAAAGGGUCGAAUUCCGUCCUUGACGACGGUUUUGAUGCAAGAAGUGGAACGUUUUAACAGACUUCUGACCGUAAUUCACGACAGUUUGGACAAUUUAGAGAAGGCUAUCAAGGGAUUUGUGGUCAUGUCGGAACAGUUGGAGGCGAUUUUGACAUCUUUCAUCAACAAUCAAGUCCCAACGUUGUGGGGAACGAAAGGAUUUUUAUCCACAAAAUCGUUGGGAGCGUGGAUUGUCGACCUGAAAUUACGAAAUGAGUACAUGCAGUCAUGGGUCAGUCAUGGCUUACCUAAUUCCAGCUGGAUUUGUGGCUUAUUUUUCCCACAAUCGUUUUUGACGGGCGUUCUUCAAACGCAUGCCAGACGAUUUAAUCUCCCAAUCGACACGUUAAAAAUUGAUUUUGAAAUUUUGGAUGAGACUCCCAUUCAACAAGAAAUUUAUGAGCAACGACAAAAUGGAAUAUUAGAUCCGGAUUCUCUUUAUUUGGGUAUUCAACCUCCGGAUUUAGGUGCCGUUAUUCAUGGACUUUUCAUAGAAGCGGGACGCUGGAGUAAAGAAGACGGGGGAUUAGUCGAAGGAAAUAUCGGAGAAUUGACACCCAGAUUACCAGCAGUUUGGUUAAAGCCCUGUUUUGAGGUGGAAGUGAAUGGGCGGUAUGAAGCUCCGUUGUACAAAACUGGCGUGAGGGCAGGAGUGCUUUCAACAACGGGACAUUCAACAAAUUUUGUCAUGUCUGUGUUGCUGGACUCCAAAAAGCCGGCAGAUUAUUGGAUUUUACAAGGAACGGCUUUGAUUACACUUACAACGGAGUAG